AGGAGAAUCAGAAAGUUCCGCUGGAAACUGAGACCAAGGACCACGGCACCGCGCUACCUUGGUGGUUCCGUGCCCUCUGCUUCACGUACAGCGCGGUGGGUCUCAACAUGGUCCUCCGCGUCCAGGCCAUGAGCUGCAGCUGCCCGCAGGAACUACCCGUGGCGCGUCGAGGCGGUCCUGCUGCUGCUCCAGGGCGUGCUCUCCUUCUUGCACGACGGGUACUUCGCAGGGAGCUCCCCAGCCGCAAAGAUCGCAGACAGGACGACUUCGGCCACGUUCCUCACCUGCUGCCAGCCGCUCAAAUUCACAUUCUGCCGCAUGGACGAGGUGCAGCUCGGGUUGCUCUUCGUCUCCUGGUCGCUGGGUCUGCUCUUUUUUCGCGCCGCCAGGAUGCCGAGCGUACGCCUCCGGGGACCCGCGCCGCUACCACCUGCUGCACUCGCUGUGGCACGUGGCGCUGCCGCUGGGAGGCUUCCUCUGGAUCGAGUACACCCGCGGCGCACUCUCGUGGCACUUGUGGACGGAUGCCGCGGCGUGGGGGGCCGCGGACUUCUCUGCACUGGGCUGCGGCGAGGCCGCGGCCCUGCCGUAGUAUAGGGCCCCCCCCACGCGCGGCGGCGGUGGUGGGCGCGCGCGCCCUGCUCCGGAGGGCCUCGUCGGUUACGCGUGCAGCUCGGAGGCUGAUGGGCCUCUUGCCCGGUCGCGUCGACUUGCGGAGAAAGUGGCCCUUCGCAGGAGUGGCCUUCUGGCAGCGGGCGCAGAAGGGGCCCCUUCAGCGCUCAGACCUGCUCCUCCGAGGUCCUCCGCGAGCCGCGCACUACGGGCCACCCUUGCCCGGGGCCGCUCCUGCGUGCAGGCCUGGCUCUCUGUGCGUCUGGAGCGUCGAGGGGCGGCCGGGGGGGGGGCGGGCGCUCGGGCGCGCUGUGCUGUGGAGAGGGCUCCGCCCCUCCGUCCUCGCACCGUCGAGGCUCCACUCACCGUCGUUGCCUCCCCUCCCGAGGACGAUCCAGUCGUCGUCGUCAUCCGGAUACCCGACUCCUUGCCGUUGCGUUCGCAGCUGUAGGAUGCGACGGACUUUGGCACCCCUCUGCCAGGCUGUUACUUAGCCGUCUGGUGUGUAUGCAUCACCUGGGCGAGAUCAGUUUCACUCUAUUUCUGCACGCCUUGCAUCGCCCGCCAAACGUGUGGAGCCGUUGCAUGCCUUGCGCCGUUCGCCAAAGAGCGCAUCGGGCAGAGGUCAAGCGAGGGGCGGCUUCGGGACCCGCCUGUAACUAGGCAUUUUUUGGGCCGCCUUGCAAAUUUUCCAGACGCAGGGUGUCCUUGCUUGAGCCAUUGAAGUUUCAGUUUCGCGCUGGUUUUGAGGCCGCUUUAGCCUCGGUUGCUGGCAAAUCUUCAGGAGAGCUAUGUGAGCACGAGUGGCAGAGGGUGUGAACGCGCGGGCGCGUGUGUGCGGGAGGGGGUGUGGGACAGUGUCCGAG